AUGGCGGGACCGGGAGCUCUCGCUGCCGCCCGGSUCCCCGCGCCCGCCGCUCGCCGACGGGGCGGGCCGGCACCGGGCACCGCCUGGRGGCGGACCGGGGUGGUGUCUGCCCGCCCUCGGGCACGGCCCCCCCUUCCCAAAACGGGAUCCCCUCCUCCCCGGGGCCGAGGUGCGGUCGCCACCCGACGGACCGGUUUGCCGGCGGGCUCGCGGGUGCUGCCCACCGCCAACCAGGCGGUGCAGACGUGCUGCCUGCUGUGCCACCGCGAGCGCAAGGACUGGGGCGGCCCCUCGCACAAUGGGCUCGUGUCCCCCGGCGAGAGGCUGCCGCCCGACUUCGUGCCAACGCUCGUGCAAAACCUCCUGGGGGAGAUGCCGCUGUGGAUCUGCCAGAGCUGCAGGAAGAGCGUGGAGGAAGAGGAGCGGCGGGCGGUGCAGGAGCAGGCCCUGGCGGUCUCGUUAUCCCACACGUCCUGCAAGUCACAGUCUUGUGGGGGUGGCUCCCACUCCUCUUCCUCUUCUUCUUCCUCCUCUUCCUCCUCGUGCCACGGGAACUCAGGGGACUGGGACCCCAGCUCUUUCUUGUCUGCUCACAAGCUCUCGGGCCUCUGGAACUCGCAGCACAGCAACGGGGCCGUGCAGGGCAGCCCCCUCGGCGCCCCCCCGGCUGCACUAGGUGACAAGCCCGCCGGGCUCGCCGUGUCCCCGGAGCGCGUGGGCCAGGCCCCCGCGGCGGCGCCGGGGCUCCCGGCCUGUCCCUACAGCCACGCGGCCCCGGCCGCCCCCGGCGGCGCCUGCCCGGCCUCGCCGCUGCCUACCUCACUCGACUUCUGCAAGACGCUGCCCAAGCAGCUCAAAAGCAUGUGCCGGAGGGCCCCCCCGCCAGGUGAGGCCUUCCACUCCUCAGAGCAUCAUCAGCACUCGGACCUCACUGCUCCUCCCAACAGUCCCACGGGGCUCCCCUCCCAGCCGCCAGCACUGGUCCCCUCCAAACAGCCGCCCGCCCACGCGGGGCCCUUGGGCUCCCCGCCGCGCGGCCCGCUGGCCCCCUCGCCCCAGGCCACGCUCUUCCCUGCGCCCAGCGCGCAGGUGGCGGCCCUCAAGCCGGCAUCCGAGUCCCCUCCUGCCGGGCCYGUCUCCCACGGCCCGGGCUCGUGCAAGAGCCCUCACCCGCCCGCCGCCAACGUGCCGCUGCUGAAGAUGCCCCCUCCGCUCUCGGGCUGCGCUCAUCCCUGCAACGGGCACUGCAGUACUGCGCUCCUCCCUCCCGCUGCCUCCCACCCGCUGCCCGGCACCAACAGGGACYCCUCUUGCAAAGGGCACAAAUUCCCCAACGGUACCGGCUGCCACCCGCCGCAGCCGUGCGAGGCGGACGAGGGGCUCGGCGAGGAUGAGGACAGCAGCUCGGAGCGCAGUUCCUGCACCUCCUCCUCCACCAACCAGAAAGACGGGAAGUUCUGUGACUGCUGCUACUGUGAGUUCUUCGGCCACAACGCGCCCCCGGCCGCUCCUACGAGCCGCAACUACGCUGAGAUCCGKGAGAAGCUGCGCUCGCGCCUCACCAAGAGGAAAGAGGAGCUGCCGCAGAAACUGGGGCACAGCAGCGGCUCGGGAGAGCCCGCCGUGGACCACCGCAACGUGGACGAGCUGCUGGACUACAUCAACAGCACGGAGCCCAAGCCCCUCAACAGUGCCAAGGCAGCCAAGCGGGCACGGCACAAGCAGAAGAAGAAGGAGAAGGAGAAGGCCCAGCUGGAGGCAGAGGCACAGAAGAGGGCAGAGCACAGCCCCCAUGCCAGCCAGGCCAGGGAGGUGGCCGAGGAGAAGCUGUUGGAGUGGCCGGAGCUGGAGCUGGAGCGCGUGAACAGCUUCCUCAGCAGCCGGCUGCAGGAGAUCAAGAACACCAUCAAGGACUCCAUCCGGGCCAGCUUCAGCGUCUACGACCUCAACCUCGACGUCAACGACUUCCCCAAGAAGGCAGCUGUCCUGGAGCAGAAGAACCUGCUCUCCCACCUCAACGGCUCCUCCGAGCUGCAGGACAUAGACCUGGCCCUUGCCCCGCUCAGCCUGGGCCCUGCCAAGAGCCACGCGCUGCUGCGGGGCGAGCCGGGCCCGCGGUGGGGCGAGGGCCGCGCGGCGCCGGCGGCCGAGAACGGCGUGGUGAAGCGCCUCAGCGCCGUGCCCAGCCUCUCGCGCAUGAUCUGGGUGCAGUCCCAGGGCGCAGACUGCGCCGCCGAGGGCGAGGGGCCGCGCGCGGAGCCCGCGCAGGGCCCGCAGCCCGGGGGGCCGGAGCCGCAGGAGCGGGCGCCCGCGGGCGGCCGGCAGCGCAAGAGCAAGCGGCAGAGCGGGCCAGGGAAGAAGGGGGACGGCGCCGCGGGGCCCGCUGGCCCGGCCUGGCUGCAGAGCCCCGGUGCCAAGGGGCAGGUGCUGGGCGCCAAGGCCCCUCCGAAGGCCCCGGAGCCGCAGCGGGCGGGCAGCUGCGCCGAGCCCGCCGAGGGCACCAAGGGGCAGCCCUGGGGCUGCGCCCGGCCCGACAAGGAGCGAGGCGGCGAGGGGAAAGGGCGGAGGAGCGAGGGCAAAGCGGAGCCGCCGGAGCCGGCGCGGCCGCCCUCCCCGGCGCCCKGGGACCGCCAGCCGCCCCCGCCCGCCUGGGGGGGCUCCCCGCAGCCCAAGGGCAAGAGCAGGAAGAGCCGGAACAAGGCGGAGAAGCCCAAUACGUCCAUCGACGACGUGUUCCUGCCCAAGGACGUGGACGGGGUGGAGAUGGACGAGACCGACCGAGAAGUGGAGUAUUUCAAGAGGUUCUGCCUGGACUCCGCCAAGCAGACGCGGCAGAAGGUGGCCGUCAACUGGACCAACUUCACCCUCAAGAAGAGCACGUCGAGCGCGGCGCAGUGAGGCGCCGCCCCGCCCG